AAGAUGCUACAUAAAUAAUACAUCAAAGAAAGCAAUACUAAAUUGAUUCUCUCGCAAUCCCACAAUUAGCGUGUUACGGUUUUUCAAUGUGUUGAGCUGGACAUCUACUUUUUUUUCACUUGACACGGACUUAAGUUAUUGAUCGACGUCAUCGAUUUGACAUUCCAAAGUAACUUGUCAACAGGGGUUGAAUCUCAACUGGUGUUAUUGAAUGCAAACACCGCUCUUCUUUAGUACUACACGUUCCGAUGGGGUCGCAGGGCACAGUCGCCGACGUGAAAGAAAUCAAAAUGGCGUUGAAGGAAAGACAUUCUAGUAAAGAUCUCUGGUUUGGUUGGCUAACUGUGCGCCCAAAAUGGCUGCAAGGUUUAAACAAUCCAAAAUGCUUUCUUCUGUUCGUUUGCAUGUACUUCUUCACUCAAAGCAUUGUUGUGAAUGGCGUUUAUUCAGUAUCAAUAACUACAAUUGAAAAGCGCUUUGGAUACUCUAGUUCCAAGACUGGAGUACUAACAAGCUGUUAUGAUAUCGCUGCAUUAAUGUUAACCCCUUUUGUCAGCUACAUGGGUGCAAAACGAAAAAAGCCUAAAUGGUGUGGAAUAGGGCUGUUUUUAAUGGGCGUUGGCUUCUUCAUUUUCAUCUUGCCCCAUUUGUUUUCACCAAAAUAUCUCGCAAAAGGCCAUUCACAGGAAGUGCCUUCAACAUGCCACACCAACGUGACUUACUCAGUGAAUCAGUGUGACCAAUCGCAGACUCACUGGGGUUACUACCUAUUGUUUAUAGUGGGAAUGUUAGUCAUAGGAGCCGGGUCAACGCCGAUGUGGAAUCUAGGAACAGCUUAUAUGGACGAGAAUGUCAAGGCCAAGGCAGCUCCUAUUUACAUCGGGAUAUUUUCUUGCUCAGGAGUUAUGGGUGCUGGAGUUGGAUUCAUACUGGGAGGUCUCUUCCUAUCUAUAUACGUCGAUCUUGGGGCUCAAACCAAACUGACACCACAAAACGAGGAGUGGAUAGGGGCCUGGUGGCUGGGUUUCUUGGUUUCCAUGGUGAUGGCAAUGCUAUGGAGUGUGUUCUUGAUUGGCUUUCCAAAAGAAUUUCCUGGCACAAAAAAACUGAGAAAAUUAAAUCUUAUUGGUAACAGCGAUCAUCCGACCGUUCAUGACUUUGGAUAUGUCCAGUUAAAAGACCUCCCUAAAGCAUCAAAAGCGUUAUUUACCAAUAUACCUUAUAUGUCAACGACAUUAGGUGUUUGUAUCGAAGGGUUUAUUGUGUCAUCAUUGACAGCGUUCAUGCCAAAGGUUAUAGAACAGCAGUUUAGUUAUACGGCUUCUAUGGUUAGUUUAGUCCUGGGUGUGGUCGUUGUGCCUGGUGCACUGCUUGGUAACUUUGUAGGUGCGUAUAUCUGUAAACGAUUAAGUCUUUGUCAACGCGGUGCGUCCAAAAUGUGUUUUAUGGUUAGUGCGUUAAGCAUUCUCGGUGUAUGUUUACUCUUUAUCAACUGCGAUAGUCUACCUAUAGUUGGUGUCAACAUACCGUAUGCAAACAGUUCUUCAUAUGGGCUGAAGUCAAGUUGUAAUAAUGGUUGCACAUGUCCUGAUACAAAUUACAAGCCUGUAUGUGCAGAAAGUAUCACAUAUUACUCGCCAUGUCACGCAGGAUGCAAGACCGACUUCAAAAAUGGGUCGUUUGGUAAUUGCUCGUGCAUUCAGUCUAAUGACCUGGUAACCAGUGGGUUCUGCUCAUCUGACUGUGGAUUUAAACCAUAUAUUUACAUCACGGUUUACUUUCUGACGGUCUUAUUAACUUUUCUAAGUGCAACACCUGCUACAGUGGUCACUUUAAGAUGUGUUGGCCAUGAACAAAGAGCCUAUGCUUUAGGCAUUCAGUCAAGCCUGAUGAGACUUUUGGGAACUAUACCUGGCCCAGUUGUUGUAGGAUCGCUAAUUGAUAUGACUUGUACGCUUUGGAAGAAAGGCUGUGAUGAUGUUGCAAACUGUCUGCAGUACGAUAACAGGAACUUAGCAAUGGUUGUGUUAAUAACAGCUCUGAUAACAAAAGUUUUAACAACAUCAUGUUAUGGUAUAUCUCACUGGUUCAGUCCUAAAGAAUCCAAAGACGAUAGAAAUGGAAUUGUAAAUGGUAACGUACAGUAUAACUCAAAACAAGUGUACGACGAAGAGAAAGACAAAUAUAAAGAUAAAGAUGUUGAUAAUAACGUUAACCAACAGAUUCAACGUAAGCUUGUACAUGAAUAUAUCGAUAGGGAGACUAAGUUAUAAUCACUUCAUGAGGAAGCUGUAUCACAACAACAUACCUCCAUGUACCAUGGACGGUGAGCAAGAAAAAUAAAAGAGCACCGAACUGCAAGCUCAAGACGCAUGGAAAUAAUAUGAUGGUACAUGUACCUUGAACACAAUAUGUUGGAGUCUCUUGAUCCUGUGAAAAUAAAUCAUGAUGCAGUACAGAAGAGGGAGGGCUACAACAAAAUGAAUGAAAUACCGAAUAUAUUUUUAUUCCUUGGAAUAUAAAUAAUAUAUUCAUAUUCCUUGGGAUAUAAAUAUAUUCGGCAUUCAUUUUGUUUUACCUAAAACUAUCAGCCUGUCUUAGAUUUUAGGGAGGGUUACUUCCUGGCAUUUCUGACUUAUAAUCUUCAAAGGACUGAUUGGGUGUCCGAAACCAAAACACUUUAUACACCUAUUCAUCAACUUGUAAACUAUCUAAAAUAUCUCAUUCAAAUUCGUAUAUAUUCAUCCUAUCAUGUCUUAAAGACUUAUUUAUAUUGGUCAAAGUAUGACAAUGUAUAACUGCACAUAUAACUAAAAAACACAAACCGCACGAAAAACAAGGCUGGCCUUAGCUUCUUAUCGCUCACUUUGCCUCGUGUCGGUUUUUCCAAUUCAUUUGUUGUUCUUAUACAUUCAUUUUGAAAGAACAUAUACAAUUUGUAAAUUAAAGUCAUACAAAAUAACAUUUGUUAUUUGUCCUAACUAUGGUUGUAGCUGAAUAUGAAGAAUCGCGCCUACUUCAAUCGCGUUGGUUGUUCCGAUCGCAGUUCGAGUUCUAACAAACAUCAACAGAAAGAGAGCUGCUGGCUCUUGGUAACUAGUUGGUAGCAUACAUAAUGGUCAAUAUCACUGUCAGUUAUUUACUG